AUAGUGGCCUAUUUGCAACGCUUUACAACACUAAAGUUAAUUCAGCUAAACGUUUUUGUUUAUUUCCCACUUUGUUAGAAUUCUGCGCUUUAUUUAUGUCAGUUAAACAUGUCCGACAAUGAAUACGAACGUUUUGAGAUUACAGACUACGAUUUGGACAAUGAGUUUAAUAUAAAUAGGCCACGCAGACGUCACACCAAGCAUCAACAAAUUUAUGGGAUUUGGGCUGAUGACAGUGAUAAUGAAGGCGAAGGCGAAAGCAGCGGUCGACGUGGCAGGCGUGGUUUGGGCGGCGGCUCCACCAACAAGCCCAAAGAUUAUACUGCACCAGUGAAUUUCGUUGCCGGCGGCAUUCAACAAGCCGGUAAAAAGCAGAAGAAGAAGCAGCUGCUAGAUGAGAACGCAGGCAGCGAUGAGGAGGACAGCGAAGCGGAUGACAGCGACGAGGCGCGACCCUCAUUUGGACGCAAACAAGCACAGUUGAUGGACAACAGUGAUGCCAACAGUUCUGAUAGCUCGGCAGGGCAAGAGGAGCAGCCGCAUCGCCCGACAAUGUCAUCGAAUAGCACAGCAGGGCUGCGACACAAUUCGCACAUAGCGAGCAAUAGGAAUGUGGGUGCCUGGGAGCAGCAUACACGCGGUAUAGGCGCUAAACUUCUGCUGCAAAUGGGUUACGAGCCCGGAAAGGGUCUAGGCAAGGAUUUGCAGGGCAUCUCGCAGCCGGUGCAAGCGCACGUUCGUAAAGGACGCGGUGCCAUUGGUGCCUAUGGUCCUGAGACGGCAGCUAGCGUGGGCGGCCAGGUCAAGCCGCUGAAGAUAGACGAGGAUAUCAAGGAGGCCAAAGAGUUCAAGGAACAACUCAACAAAUGGAAGAAAGGCGGCGGCGAAACACGAGAAAAGAAUAGCAAACGCUACUACUACAAGUCCGUGGAGGAGGUUAUUGCUAAGGGCAAGAAAUCUGAUCAUUUGCUCUCUGAAAAGCUCAGUAAGCGCCUGGGUAAUGUUCCAGUUAUAGACAUGACGGGACCGGAGCGUCGCGUGCUUAGCGGCUAUCACGCCUUAGCUCAGAACAAAAUUACUCCCGAGGAAACGCUGUAUGAUGCACAGGCUGCUGACGAGAGUGCUGAGAAGCCCACGCCAGUCUCCGUGUUUAGUAUGCCGGAGCUGACACACAAUCUACAGCUGCUCGUAAGCCAAUGCGAGCAGGAUAUCAUAGCGAUAGACAAGGAGGAGCGCGAAUGCGCUGAUCGACAGGCCGCGCUGAUGCACGAACAGAAGCAGCUGCUGGAGUUGGUUCAGCUUGAGCGCAAUCACAUGAACACGCUGGAGGCGGCAUUGCUUCGCCUCGAACAGCUUAGUGAGAACCCUGAGCUAAGUCUCGGUCAAGCGGAGCGCCUAUUCCUAGAGCUACAACAUGACUAUGCAGCCGAGUACAAGGAAUUUGGGCUGGCCGACCUGGCAGCGGGCGUCAUUGCACCGCUAUUGAAGCGCGAACUAAACGAUUGGCAGCCCCUUGAACAGCCCGCACAGCCGGUGCAGCUGAUCAAGCGCUGGCGUGGCAUACUACAAAAGGAUGAGUCCGAGGUGACGGAACAGCAAUCACGGAACGUUUUCGAUCCGUACUCCUCGCUCAUCUGGGCAGGCGUUAUGCCCUCAUUUAGAACCUGCGCUGCCAACUGGCAGCCGAAGGAGCAUGCCCCAAUGGCAGCCCUGCUCGAUGCUUGGGCGCCACUGCUACCAACCUGGGUAUUGGAUUCGGUGCUGGAGCAAUUGGUGCUGCCACGCCUGACGGCCGGCGUACGCGACUGGGAUCCACUGACCGAUACUGUGCCCAUACACAGCUGGAUUUUGCCCUGGCAUGGCAUACUGGGCGCCAAGCUGGAGGAGUCCAUUUAUCCGCAGAUACGUAGCAAACUAGGCGUGGCACUGCAAGCCUGGUCACCGCAGGAUCGCUCAGCGCGUGCCAUGCUGACGCCGUGGCAGUCAGCGUUUCCUGAGGAGCAGCUCGUGCAGUUUCUGCUGCGCUACAUCAUACCCAAGCUGCAAGCGGUGCUUGCGGAGUUUGUCAUCAAUCCGCUACAGCAGAAUCUGGAGUUGUGGCAUCAGGUGUGGGAGUGGCACGAGCUUAUACCCGCCCACCAUAUGGCCCAGUUGCUGGACAAGCAUUUCUUUCCACGCUGGAUGCAAGUGCUGGUUAUUUGGCUCAACCAGUCGCCAGACUUUGCGGAAAUUUCGCGCUGGUAUGCCGGCUGGAAGAGCAUGCUGAGCGAACCGAUUCUGCGUGAGCCAUGCAUUAAGGAGCAUCUGCGCCGCGCUUUGGACAUGCUGCAUCGUGCCACGGAUGCCGUGCUGCAGCCCACAUCUGCCCCGCCACCGCCAAUGCCACCGGCGCCUGCUGCUGUCUUGCUAACUCCUGUGAUGCUUGUCGAUGUGGUGCAACCAGCUCAGCUGGAGUUCAAAGAGCUCGUCUCGCAGAAAUGCGCGGAGCUGGGCAUCAUCUUUGCGCCACUGCCCGGACGACGGGAACUGGGCAAACAGAUCUACCGCGUGGGAAAACUGUUUUGCUAUAUCGAUCGCAACGUUUGCAUGUUGAGCGAUAUCAGCUUUACGAAUUGGCAGCCUGUGGCAUUGAAUCAACUAUUGGAAAGAGCGCAGACGGGCAUUAUCUAGAGGUCGCACAAUGACUAGUCUUAAUCGUUGUUUAAGAGUCACUAAACAUCUUUCAAUUUGUGGCGAUAUCCAUUGCCAAUAUUUAAAAUAUAAAUUGUAAUUGUAUACGUAAUAUUUACAGAUAUUUAUAUUUGCCAACUAUAUGACCAACUUCAACGGCCUGGCAAAUGAAUAGCAAUACGAGUAGCAAAAUUAGUUGUUCAUAUUUUAAAGCACUUUCAUUAUCUGUGUUCUUGUUCACUCGCUGAAGAUGUUUCUGCCUUCUGUGUGCCAAUGAUAUUUCUUCAUAUCUUAAAGCACUUUAGUUGUUUAUAUAUUUAUUCACUUGUUCACUGCUGCCACCUAUCUAUUGGUCUAUCCACAACUCAGGCAACUCGGUGGCUUUUAUGGCAGUUUGGAAUUUUGUAAAUUUACAGACCUAUAUAUAUAUAAAUUGCGGAUGUACAUUUUCAAACG